AUUUUCUGCUAAUGAAAAAGUCAGUUUUCAUUUGUAAAAUUAAAUAUCUCCAGUGUAAGAAUGGAUUUCAUGAGACCUCAGGGGCACAUAAGGCAAGUGGCUUCUCUUCACCUCCCAAAUACCCUAAUUAAAGCUCUAUAUUCCAAGAAUCUGGGGCCAGCAUUGCAGGAUUGAAGCUUUGAUAUCUAAAUAAUGAAAAAAUGUUCUUGCAGAAUUUUCCUGAUCAAGACAUACUGGGCCAGGCUUUUGAAGAUGCACUAGAAGUACUGCAGCAGCAAUCUGACAAAGAAAUGCAGUAUUCACAAGGUUAUAAAAAUUGCCUGACUCUGAUCAACCAUCACUCUCACCUCCGAGCAAGUCCCAGCUACUCUGCAGCACCAUCUACAGAAGACCCAGGAUAUAGCUGGAGAAAUAUGAUAAACAGUUCAGGGGAUUUUUAUGCAGAUGAGACUGUCUACCGUAUGCUGCAGAAUACUCCAGAAAGCCAAGUGAUGCAUGCUGCUGGUGGCCAGCCAAAAGCAGGGAAAGGUAGAAAAAAACUCCGUCUGUUUGAGUACCUACACGAGUCUCUGUAUGAUCCAGCUAUGGCAAACUGCAUUCAAUGGGUGGAUAAGCCCAAUGGUGUCUUCCAGUUUGUCUCCAAAAACAAGGAGAAACUUGCAGAGUUGUGGGGAGAAAGGAAGGGAAACCGCAAGAUCAUGACAUAUCAGAAAAUGGCCAGAGCACUGAGGAAUUAUGGAAGAACAGGUGAAAUAAUCAAAAUUCGAAGGAAGCUGACAUACCAGUUCAGUGCUGUUGUUUUACAGAGACUUGCUCCAGCCUAUUUCUUGGGAAAAGAAACUGUUUAUCAUCCAUACAUUCAGCCUAAUCAAGAAUAUCAGUGUGCAGACGACUGGAUUAACUACAACAGUUACAUGUAUAACAAUGGUUAUGCAUUACAGCAUGCUAACAGCUAGACAUCUCUCUCAUAUAACCAGGUCUUUGUUAGCUUGCAAUACUUUUCAGCACAGGAACUCUUCUCUGCACAUAGCUUUUCCUAUAUGAUAUCAUACAAACAAACGAAGAGGAGGGUUUUAAAAAUUAUCUUUACCUAGUUUUGUUCCUUUUGAAGGUACUGAUAAAGAGCCAUUGAAUAUUGAAGAAAAACAGCAGCUGUAGAGUAGCUUCUGUCCUGACAUUAAUGAAAGGAAUGCUUCAGAUUCAAGCUCGUAUAUCCAGAAUGGGGAUCAAGACUUUUGUCUGCUGUCUGGAUCAAAGAUCCCAUUCUGAUAACACUCGCUGCCUUCAUUGGAAGCUCUGUGUAUAUCCUCAUCAUUUCCAAUCAGAAAUUAGGUGCGGUUGUACCACAGAGCACGUGCUCCCUAUCAGUUGGAUGCACGUGAAUUAUAAAGGGGAGAGAUUUGCCAACUGCAUGGAGUUACUGUCUGCUUUUUCAUCAGUGCUCUUUAUUAAGAGCUGAUUUCUGAGUAAAUGCCUGGCUGAACUAUAGAGUCCACAUGAAGGUGCACCUGUUGGCCAAGUUGUUAAUCCUUAAUCGCUUAUAUUAACAUAUUUUAGCAUAGAUCCUAACAUAUGGUAUUAGGAUAGCCAGGUGUACAUUUCACUGUUGGCAGUGGAUUCUUUGGGAAACUCACCAUACCAUGACAGGGUUAGUAAAGGAUUAUGCUUUUUAUGAAGUUAUUUACAGUUCUGCCCUCACUAAUACAUGAAGCUGCACUUUCAUCCAUCAGUUCUGUACUCAGCUGACAAAGACAGCUUUGUUAUUUAUAACCUCUUUUGGAGUUAUAACUUUAUAUAUAGAAGAUCAGUUUCACUUCCCCAGCUCUUUUUCUAGACGGUAAUGUUGCUGAGAGGCUCUGAUUUUACACUCUCUUCAUAGGAAGAAGGAGUAAAUUUAGGUAAAAAGAGAGUACUAUCCCCUUAUGCCAAGAUGAUACCUGUAAGUCUACAUUUUCUGAUACUUCUGUUCCUUGAUCAGCUUGUAUCAUCAUAUGAAUUGGAUGUUGUGCCAAAAUGCUUCCAUUUGACUGCAUUCAGUUCCAUGUUCUGCAUUUUGCUUCAAGUGACUUCAGGUCCAGGUAGAAAUAAAGGCAUAGCUGAUUGCUGUAGAGAGAUACAAAUGGUGUCCUGAUACGUUUCGUGAAAUUCACUGAUUUUGAUUGUUACCCCCUGUUCUAAAUCCUGCUUACUUCUAUAGGAAAAUUAUUUUAUGUAAUAGACACAAUGCAACACACUCCACUCAAGCAAAAUUCAAGUUUUGUAAGCUUGAAUUCAAUGCUUUGUUAAGAUGAAAGAUGUGUACUCUCAGAAAUCUGAGGUUUGUUAAACAGCACUAAAAACAGGCCUAGAUUUUAUGUCAGUGAACAUCUACCAAAAUAAGGUCAUAACUGUGUUGGUAAUACUUCAAGUAUAGUAUUUCAUAACAUGUAAAUUUUCUACAAAAUAGAUAAAAGAUGUCUCUGGUUUUAUAGAAUUAAGCCUUGAACAUGCUGUAGAACUGAAUGUGCUAGGAUUUUUACUCUUUCAAAGGACUGAGAAAUUUAGGUUGGGAUGCCUUCACUGUGUAAGCAUGUACCUAACUAUGACUUUUCAAAUAAUCAUAAUGUACAUAAAUUUGACAAGAAACUGCACAUUUUGGUUACUCCACAUCUGUCACUCAUUGCACACUGACUUUAUGCUUAAGGCUGGUAACACACACCAGGAUAAGAGUUUGCUUUGUGUAAAAUGUUUACUUUAUCAGUAUGUUUAGUUUCACUUUCCUCAGCCUCAUCUACUUGUUAAGGAAAUAAAUACCUGUUCAGAUUCUGUGUUACCUUUUUAACCUGUAUAUAAACAUUAACAUUUGCUUGCUAUAAAACUGGUAACCAGAUGAGAAGUUACAGCUGUAGCUGGGAGAGCAGUACAGAACUGGAAGAGUGCAGGGGUAAGAAGAACUGGCAGGAAGUUCAGGCAGAGAAGAAAUGAGGGAAUCAUGGUAUCGGUGGACAGAAAGAAAGGGAACUUGGAGUUAAGUAAAGCUGAGGAAAGAGAACAGUACGAGCCAGAAACCUAGUGGGAGAAUCAAAAAAAUAAAAAUAAGUAAAAAUAAAUAAAAAAUAAA